AUGUGGAAAAUUAUUCUAACCUUAGUCACCUUGGCAACAGUGAAAAGCAGCCCGGUAGAAAAUGGCAUCGCGGAAAACUUUGUGGGCGCUGUGUCCGAGUGCAUCGAAAGCGACACAACAUUGUGUUUGAAGGAAAAAGCAUACAGGCUCACUGAAAAGUUAGCCGUUGUAAAGGACUUGGAUAUUUUUGAUGGAAUAAGUUUAGUAAACACUGGCUCUGUGCGUUCGUCACGCAGCUAUGAACGUUUGGCUGAAGAUCCUAAAACGAGAGAGUCUCAGUUAGAGGAAAGGAUUGCAAGCAAUGUUGGGGAUUUCUUAGAAAACCACGUACUGCAGCUGCGUCUGUCUGAAGACUCUGAAGGAAGUCGGGGCUUAGAUGAAGAAGGCCGUGGUAAGAAAAAGAAGAAGAUCAAGCAGCUUUUACCGCUUCUCCUACUCUUGAAGGUUAAACUGGCAGCUCUCGUCCCACUGUUCCUCGGCAUCAUUGCAUUUGUCGCUGUCAAAGCAGUCUUCCUCGGAAAGAUUGCAUUUGCAAUGAAUGCGUUUAACCUCAUCAGGAGGCUUCUUAAUAAAAACAAAUCCUCUGGUGUAAUUACUUAUGCUUCUUCUCCACAACAUCAUGAAGAACAUCCAGGAUAUUCUUAUGAACCCGCUGGAGGAUGGAGCAGAAAAGUAAACGAAGCCCAAUCAUUAGCGUACGCUGGACAAUUAGGGAAUUAA